UUUUUCGAUUUUUCCCUUAGAGACAGAAAACCCUGACAACUACGAAUAAAAUCGCAUUACUUGCGACGUCAAAGCUCGUCAAAAUGCCUCUCCGAAUCCACAAAAACAAAAUUGUGUUUGAAAUAUUCCUGGUGGCUAGUAUCUCCCUAAUGUGCUUCACCCCCUUAUUUUUCUACAACAGAACCACCACCACAAUAUCUCUGAUACAUAUCGAAGACGCCAAACACCACGUUCCGAUCCCAGCACUUGUCUCUAACAACAAGUGUUUGAUUCCGGACUUCUCCCAAAUGUAUUUCCAACAAUUCAUGUACUCAAUCCCCAAGAAAUACACACCGUGCAACCGAAAAAACUACCUCACUUUUGUGACAAAAAGCGAAAAUACGGCCACUCUGCACGUCAAGCAACAAAAUGGGUUUUACCCCGAAGUUUCCUGCUGUUAUUCGAACAUUUCACGAAACUUUGACCGAGUAAAUCCCGACGAUACCAUCAAAAUUUCCAAAUGUCGGAAGUUUACGAAAAAUGUGACUUUGGCCACUGACUUCGUCUUGGUCAAGUGUGACACUGGUUCGGUACAAUACAAACAAGUCCAUGCUGCGAUCACGGCCAAAAAAACGACCAAAAAUUCCGACAUUUGGCCACCACCUUUCAGUGUCUUGAUUCUAGGAAUCGACAAGAUUUCGCGCCUAAGUUUCAUCCGGAAUUUUCCAAAAACCCGUCAUUAUCUAACGUCGAACAAUAAGUGGGUUUCUUUGAACGGCUACGCGAAAGUGAGUGACGACACUUUCACCAACAUUUUGGCCCUUUUAAGCGGUUGCAAAACCAUGGAGUGUGAUUUAAUUUGGUCCGAGUUCGAAAAAUACAACUACACCACAGCGUUCGGUGAAGAUGACGUGUGGUCAAAAACUUUCACCUUCCACAAACAACUCACAGAUUACUACUUCCGGCCCUAUUUUAUCGCAAACGAAAAAUACCCAACCGUGGAACUCAAUAAAAUGUUCCCGUGUCCAGACCGCGAAACGCCCUUUGAACGCCUCCUGGACCUGGCCAAAGACUUUAGUGUCACGUUCAAAAACCACCCAAGUUUCGCCCUUUUCUGGAUCAAAACGGCAACUGUGGGAACCUUCCCGAAGCUGGACUACUCGAUCCGGGCACUUUUCCGGCACCUGAACCGGAAAGGCGUGUUCGCGAACACGUUCGUGUUCUUCCUGAGCGAUCAAGGGAGGCGUGAGGGGAAAAACGAGUUUACAAAUGUGGGCUGGUUGGAGGAAAAACUGCCUUUCGUUUAUGUUCUAGUCCCGAAAAAAUUCCAAGAGAUUUAUUCCGAAGAGUUCAGGUUUUUGAAACUUAAGCAAAACGAGUUAACCACUCCGUUUGAUCUGUACAUGACUUUGCAAGACAUUAUGGUGCUGACUCAGGUGAAUCAGGACCCGAAACCUAGUCAGAGUUGUCCGAGGUGUGAGUCGCUUUUUAUGGAUGUUACGGAAAAGUCGUGUCUGGAUUCGGAAAUUGAGAAUAGGUCUUGUCCCUGUGAUGGGUUCGUUUUGACGAAUCUUGACGAUUUAGUUGUGAGGAACGCCUCACUUUUUAUUGUGAAUAAAGUAAAUGAGUUUGUUGAUCAGCGAAUGUGUCGGAGUUACGAGUUGAGGAAAGUGUUAAGUUCCAGUGCUUCCUGGAGUUCGGGUUACAAGAAAUUACUAAUAAGUGUCCAAACGUACCCCUAUUCAGUUUUUGAGGCGUUUGUUACGUAUGUUGAUAAGGUUUUUGAGCUCGAUGGUGAAAUUAAAAGGCUAGAUUUUGCCAUUGUUAGGUGUGUUAGUGAUUCGUUUUUGAAAAAAUAUUGUGUGUGUAAGGGUAAAUAAAACGAUAAAAUUAUAAA